AUGACAUCGCGACCAAAUUUUUACAAAAGGUGUGUGCCGCUCGCCCUUCACGGCGAUGGAGUGCCGCUCACAGGAGUGGGCAAAUCUUGGCAGAAUACGAUAACCGACUUCUCCUUCUACUCACUUCUUGGUGAAGGGAAAACUCCCGAUCUGCUGAUGUUCGUGUACUGCCUUUUUGACAAGUUGAGGAAGAUGGGCCGAGACAGCACCGCUACGGCACAUCGUUUUUUUGAGAUCCUCCGAUGGUCUUUCAGAAUUAUUUGGUCUGGAACAUGGCCAAGUCACGACUACAACGGUCGAAAGUACAAGCCAGGCAGUGAGGAGGCCAAGAAGGCUGGGAAGCCCCUUGCAGACGGAUGGUAUGGAAUCUUAUUCAGUUUUUGUGGGGACUUGGAUUACUACCAUUCGCUACUGGAUUUACCGAAUAGUCGCACGGCCUCUGGACCGUGCACACUUUGCAGAACAACGAAAUAUGGACCUUUGUCGUGGCAGGAUUAUCGGAGCACGGCCGGGUGGCGAACAACUUGUCACACCCCAGCUAGCUGGAGUGCCCAGGAUGACAAGUCUUCAUGCCCUCUUUUUGGGCUACCCUUUGUUACUGGUGUCAAUGUCUGCUAUGAUUGGCUCCACUGCAAGUAUGUAGGCUCCGAUCAGUAUAUGUAUGGUGCUUUGCUGCGGCUUUUAUGCUUCCAUGUCCUGGCCGACACAGCAGAGAAAAACAUGCAAGCUUUUUGGUCUCGUUUGAAGUACGAGUACAAGCGACAUGGCACUCCGAUUCAGUUCAGAUACCUGAACACCAUCAAGAUGUUCUUGAAAAAAACUGGUGUGGCCAAACUUCGAGGCAAGGCUGCUGAGAUAAAAUAUUUGGCAGCUCCUUUUUCGGCCGUGUGGGAGCACUUCAAGAACCCGCAUUUGUCAUUGCAUGCAGACAUCAGCCUCCUCCUCAAGCUCAACAAGCUUAUUGAGGACAUCCUCAUUGAAAGGAAGGGUGAAGUGUCGCUCGGAGAGGAUGCUACAAGAUUCGAGGAGGCUCUCAAUGCUUUUUUAUCUUUGCAAUCCAAAGUUGCUUCAUGUCUUCAGGAGGCGAGUGGGGAGAACAUGAUGGCCAUCACAGAAAAAGCACAUUUCUUACAACACAGUGCUAUGUUAUCCAAGUACCUGUCGCCGAGGUUGGUGUGGGUCUUCGGAGGGGAAGAUCAGCAGCGAAGAGUGCAAUGCCUUGGAAAAUCCGCCGUUAAGGGCAAUGGACCGACGAAAGCAGUGCUGAAAAUGGUUUCCAAGUACAGGAUGGCCCUUCAUUUCCAGUUUCAGACCCACGAUGGGUAG